CCUCUCCUCAUGCUCGUGGAGUGUUUGAGGGGCUCUCUCGAAAAUGCCGUGCUAUUUAUUUCUCCUCGAAAUACGGUGGAUACAGCUCAUACCGUCAGUUCAGAGCUGCACGCACCGUAUUUGUUUUUAUUACGAUCUGUAUUCGAGGAAACAGGACUUGAAUCAUGUAUGGUACUGUAAAACUGAUCUCUUACCGCCGCAAAACGCUCCACCACAGAUAUCCCCAACGGUUGCAAUUUUCAUGCAGCGAAAGAUGCAAGCAGCAAGCAGCCAUCCAAUCAACCGACUGCUCACACCAUGUGAAGCCACAUCGCAUCGCUGUUCCUCCGCUGCUGGUGAGGGGCUCCGUUGGUGGGGCUCAUGGGGCUUGACAAUGGUUUGAGGGCGCUAGCGCUGUGGCGCAGGAGGGUAGGGGGAAACUCAGCGGUUGCUGAGUUGGAAGGGGCCCAAGAGCUGGCUAAGUGGAGAAAGCUCCAAAACUUCACGGUUGAAAAUUACAUAGUAUGUCGCUUAUGUAUGAAGCUGAAUGGGGGGGGAGACGAGAGAACAGACUCGCAAGGAGCGGAGAGGGGAAGUGAAGAGUGAGGCAAGAUGUACAGCUCAUGUACAGAGAGAGCUCCUCCAGGUGUGAACACCAUUUUGAGGCUGAGAGGAACUUCCCGGUCGCAACCACGAUCGCUCCCGCAGAAGGGACCAAAGACGAUUUUUAUGAGCGACACAUGAGCAGCAUGGUCGUUAGUUACUUGCACACACAUUUUGAACCCGAUGGGUGAAGAAUAACCCUAAUAAUAAUCAUAAUAAUAAUCCCAGCUCAUCAGAGCCGCUGCGCUAGCAGGUAGAACCUUGAUACCCCCUGGAUCCCUGCAUGCUUUGUUCUUGAAUGCUGCAUGGAAAGCCCUUGGGGUUGAGAAACCUAAACUUGCCGAGGCGCCAGUGACUCGGGAAAAGUCAGGCUCUCUUGUCAAGUUCUCGGAAUGACAAUAAUAAUGAUUGUCAGCAUGGGGUUCCGCAGUCUGCCAUUUGCGAAUCAAAAUAACCGUAGGAUACUUUUUUGUGAUUGCAUUUAGGAAGCACAACCAAGUCGUUAACUGUAUAAUUAUCAAAUGGUCGAAAGAAUAAUACAUCAUGGUAUUUAGUAGUUACGAAAAAAAGGACGACGAGGACCACUGAGUUCUCUCAUUCA